UCCUCCCACCACCCGCCGCAGAGGUGAGCACCGCCAGCUGGCCGCUCUCUAGUUUGUCACCAUUGUCCAACAGCAAUGCAAAUCUUUGUGAAAACCCUAACGGGUAAAACCAUCACCCUAGAGGUGGAACCUUCAGAUACCAUUGAAAAUGUGAAGGCAAAGAUCCAAGACAAGGAAGGUAUCCCUCCUGACCAACAGCGACUCAUCUUUGCUGGAAAGCAACUGGAAGAUGGACGCACUCUGUCAGAUUAUAACAUUCAAAAAGAGUCCACACUUCACCUGGUUCUGCGUCUACGUGGUGGUGUCAUUGAACCUUCAUUGAAGCUUCUAGCAGAGAAGUACAACUGCAACAAGAUGAUCUGCCGUAAAUGUUAUGCACGUCUCCAUCCAAGAGCCACGAACUGUCGCAAGAAGAAGUGUGGGCACACCUCCAAUAUCCGACCCAAGAAGAAGAUCAAGGGUUAAAUACAUUGAUAAUAUUGUUACCAAUGAGAUCUGGAGAUAACACUUAAUUUGUGAUAACUAAUAUCAAAUAAAGCAAGUCUCCAGUAAA